AUGGCUUCGUUUAGGGGCUCAGCGCUGCUUCCACAGUGCACAUCAUGUAUACGGAGAGUUACACGGCAAAACCUCGACGCCUGGGGCCCGCAGCAGACGCGAAACAUCUCCAAGAAAGCCAAAGAGGCGGAGCGCAACAUUAUCGUGAAACUGCUCAAAGAUGUGCCAAGAUUUGGCCGCGCAGGCUCCUAUGUCCCGCUCAACCCCUCCCUUAUGCGCAAUCGCUGGUUUCCGGCACGCGUCGCCGACUAUGUCCCCGCUACCCAGUUGAAGCAGCUCAAGGCACAGGAUGCUGACAUGGCGCGAGACUUCGCCUUUGGCGUAAGGGCAAACUUGGAGGAGGUGGAGGAAGAGGAGGAAGAUCACAUGGGGCAGCGGAAGCAAUACGUACGGCCGAUCGAGAUUGCUGUGCUCAGUCCUGAGCGAUCCAUGGAGCUCUUAGACACUUUCGUCCCGCCCACAAUCGACUUCUACCGCCAGCGAAUCGAACAAGAAAGCCAGCCGAGAGCGCGAAUGGGGGCAUCGGGAGCAGCAGACAUUCUGACUGCAGUCGCCAUGAGCAAGGCCAAGUCAUCUCCAGAUGCUAUAUAUGGCUCUGUAUCAAGUGCAGAUCUUGUAUCGACUAUUAGGGGAGCGCUGGCGCAUAACGACGAGGCAGCCCGCGUGAUAUUGAAUGAGGCCGAUGUCAAGUUCCUAUCCGGACACGAGGAGGGAGACCCGUCGCGUGUAAAGCAAUUAGGCACAUUCAAGGCCGAGAUUCGGCUGCCCGGUUCACAGGAGGCUUUGGUAAGAAACAUCCGAAUCCGCGCGAAGGAAAUGGGAGCUUGA